AUGGGCCUCCACCGCGCGCUCGCCGCGCUCCUCGUCCUCGCCCUCGGCGCCGCGGCCUCCGAGGACUUCUCCCAGGUCGCCAAGCUCGUCGCGUCCGACGGCGCGGCGGGCGACGAAUUCGGUUGGUCCGUCGCCUCGAGCGGCGACUUCGUCGUCGUCGGCGCAUAUCUCGACGACGACGCCGGCACCUCUUCGGGCUCGGCCUACGUGUUCCGCACCGUCGACGGCGUCACGGAGCAGAUCGCGAAGCUCGUCUCCUCGGACGCCGCGGCGCAAGACCAGUUCGGCGCCUCCGUCGCCAUCCACAACGACAUCAUCGUCGUCGGCGCGAAUCACGACGACGACGCCGGCUACGAUUCGGGCUCGGCCUACAUCUUCAAGACAUCCGACGGCGGCGCGACCUGGCCCCAGGUCGCCAAGCUCGUCGCGUCCGACGGCGCGGCGGGCGACGAAUUCGGUUGGUCCAUCGCCUCGAGCGGCGACUUCGUCGUCGUCGGCGCGAAUCUCGACGACGACGCCGGCACCUCUUCGGGCUCGGCCUACGUGUUCCGCACCGUCGACGGCGUCACGGAGCAGAUCGCGAAGCUCGUCUCCUCGGACGCCGCGGCGCAAGACCAGUUCGGCGUCUCCGUCGCCAUCCACAACGACAUCAUCGUCGUCGGGGCGGCCUGGAACGACGACGCCGGCUCCAACUCGGGCUCGGCCUACAUCUUCAAGACAUCCGACGGCGGCGCGACCUGGCCCCAGGUGGCCAAGCUCGUGGCUGACGACGCCGAGGCGUACGACCUCUUCGGCUGGUCCGUCGCCGUCGAGGGCAACCUCGUCGUCGUCGGCGCAUUGCAGGACGACACCAACGCGGGCUCGGCGUACGCGUUCCGCACGACGGACGGCGGUGCGACCUGGACCCAAGCGGCCAAGCUCGCCCCAGGCUCGGCAGCCUAUCACUUCGGCACGAGUCUCUCCAUUAGUGGCAACACACUCGCCGUCGGCGCGUAUGAGGCCAACAGCUUCGCUGGCGGUGCUUACCUCUUCUCAACGACGGACAACGGCGCGAGCUGGACCCAAGACGCGUAUUUGCAGGCUAGCGAUUACGCGUCUGCCGACCGCUUCUAUGAAGCCCUCGUCCUCAGUGGCAACCGACUCGUCGUCGGGGCAACCUACGACAACGACAUGGGCGGCAACUCAGGUUCGGUCUACAUCUUCGAGGCCCCCCAGCCCGCGCCCAGCCCG